AUGACUAUCCAUCUCUAUCGCAGACAUCUCAUUCUACGUCAACGGUUGCUCUUUCGAACGACUUUCCCAACACAGUGUCGUCGCUAUCACGCUUACGGCAGUCAACCAGAAGCUGUUCGGACGCCAUCGCCGCUACCACCCACUCAACCCCACCAUCUUGAAUCCGUAGCAGACCCUCGUACCAUCGUCAAAUAUCUCAACGACUAUGUUAUCGGCCAAGAACGAGCUAAAAAGAUCCUUGCUGUUGCCGUAUUCAACCACUACAACAGAGUACGAGCCAACCUUGCACGACAACAAGAUGCAAUAGAGCAGCAACAUACUCCUGAAGAAGCUUCAGAACAUCAUAGCUCAUUGCCACAGGACUAUUAUUCAAAUAAUUCCUUCAUUGGUGCGGCUGAUAUUGUUCCAGCAGAGCGUGUAUAUGGAUCACAACAACGUGCAUGGCUUAACCCUCCAACUCAAGCAGCUGGGACUCUGCGUGAUAUGAUGCCUACAAAGUCAGCUUACAAUUCAGACGAAGAACAUACCGUUUAUGAAAAGAGCAAUGUCCUGCUAAUUGGACCCACUGGAUCAGGAAAAACCCUGUUGGCAAAGACACUCGCCCAAAUCCUGCAGGUUCCAUUUUCUAUGUCAGAUGCCACACCAUUUACACAAGCUGGCUAUGUCGGCGAAGAUGUUGAACAAGUUACCCAAAGAUUACUUCAGGCUUGCGAUUACGAUGUCAAAAAGGCUGAAACCGGGAUCGUGUUUAUCGAUGAGAUUGACAAGAUUUCAAGGCGAUCUGAUAGCUUAUCAACGUCAAGGGAUGUUUCAGGUGAAGGUGUGCAGCAAUCACUGUUACGCAUGCUUGAAGGAACAACGGUCAAUAUCACUGAUAAAUCUGGAUCUGCUGGUGGUCGGCGUACUGGUAUGCCAGGAUCAUUGGGUAGCAGCAACACGACUGGACCUGGAAUAGGCGGCAACAAAGGGGAGACGUAUGCAGUGGACACAAGCAAUAUUCUCUUCAUAUUGAGUGGCGCCUUUGUUGGCUUGGAAAAGAUCGUCCAGGAUCGUCUUGCUAAAGGAUCUAUUGGCUUCCACGCUACUCUGCGAUCUUCAUCCGACGAUAUAUAUGUCAGCGAAAAAGAGUCCAAAGCUCAUCCCCUUUCAUUGGUUGAACCAGCAGAUCUCGUCAAGUAUGGAUUGAUACCCGAAUUCGUUGGUCGGUUGCCCGUGGUAGCAUCAGUCAACAAUUUAAGCAUUCACGAUCUUGUGCGCGUGAUGACAGAGCCGAAAAACUCGCUUAUCAAGCAAUAUGAAGGUUUAUUCAAGCUGAACCAGGCUGAUGUGCAUUUUAGUAAAACUGCUUUGCAGCGGAUAGCGGAAUUGGCAUUAGAGAAAAAGACUGGUGCACGUGGCCUUCGUCGUCUCAUGGAAAACAUCCUUCUCGAACCCAUGUAUGAUGUACCUGGCUCGCAUAUCACCAAAGUGAUCAUUGACAGCAAAGUUAUUGCUAAUGAAAAGCCUGCAAUCUAUCUCAGCAAAGAUCAAGAGCAUUUGGGACAAGAAAUCAUUGCGGAGGAUGAUGGUGGUGUUGAGAACAAACAUGAAGGCAACCAACAGCAAAUUACACACGCAUAG